CUGCUCUUAGGAAGAAAUCAACCGAGUUCCCUGCAUUUCUUUGCAAGUUUCCAAGGUCUUUCGGUGCUACAAUCCAACAACCAAUAUCCUUUCCUUAAGGUCUGGAGAAGCUUCUGAAGCCUCAUUUCUUAUUGACAAAUUUGGAAAAUCUGGCUUUCUGACAACCCAAGGGUGAUAAAGCCAGCUGUCCAAAGCUUCUCUCAACAUAAGUCUGCAGUGCUUCAGAGGAGAAAGUAAAUAAGAUCUGAAGGGGAUCAGAACAUUUUAUAAUGAAGAUGAAGCAUCUAAAUGGAAAGCAGGAAGCAAAAACAAAGAAAACAAUUAAGAAAACUUCCCCAAAACCAGGAUUCCCAAAUUCUAAGCAGAGCUAUCCAAUCAUAUAUAUGAAUUUACGUUCAAGAUGCAUUGGAAAAGCAAAUAUCAGUCGUAAUGUGAGAAGCUACCAACUGAAAAGGACACUGUAUACGAAUAAUCUGAACAUAUCUAGCAUUGAAUGUUCAGUGGAAUUUUGGCAGGAAAAGUGCUACACUGGCUUGAAUACAUUCAAAAAUAAGGCUGUCACCUUUUUUUUUGAAAAUGGAAACUAUGAGAUCUUUGUUGAAGAUUUACCUGAAAAUGAAGAGCGAGGUUUGCUGUACUUGGAAUACUUCACCACUAAAAAUUCAUACAGAGGAGAUGCUUUGGUGGUCCUGGCUCCUCAGCCCUCUGACAUUCGUCUUCAGCUGCAUGCCAAUGAUCAGAAUGAUCUUGAGCUUCACAAGCAUGAACACCACCACCAAGCUCAGAGAAAGAAAUUAUUCUUUAUGCAUUCAGAAGGGUCUGGGUUUGUUUCAUUUGAGUCUUUCUAUGCUCGAGGAUUCUAUAUUGGUGUAAAGGAAAACCGCCUGGAACUUAUGAAGAAAAAAGAAGGUGACGAAGCCUUUAUGUUUAAACUCACUAAGUAAUUGGAUUUGAACUCUUUUGAUGGCUUCUUAGGCUAGGGAAGGUUAGUUGAAUAGAAAUCUAUGAUUUUCUGAGCGUAUAGCCUAAAAACAGACCCUGAGGAGCCUGAGAAUGCCCUCCAUUUACCAACAACAGAGAAAGCCUGGGAUUUUGGAGGGCUGAUUUCCACACUGAUGGGUGGAACCCUUUUGGGGAUCCUUUGGCUAUGAGUUUUUUUUACUUUGUUUUCUUUUGCUUUCUUUCUAAUCUUUGCAUGUUCGACAGAUAUAAUCCUGACUCUGUAGAACUACAGUGAAGUUAGAACUAACAGAAGGAAUGUCCUUUACAAAUCAGUGAUGGGUGCAGGCAAGUCCUCUAAAACAACAAACUCUGAUCUUUGAUUUCUUCCACGUCAUCAAGAAAUAUUUCCACACAUAAAGAAACGGUGAUUGGGGUUUCUUAGAGCCAAGGACAAAGCUAAGGCUUUCUCCUAGGAAAUGAGGGCCCAUUUCUAAAAUGCCAUUAAAAACAAUGUUAAGUUCAUAGAAAUAUAUUUUCCUUGAUUCCAUAACACUCCAUUAUAAUAACCAAUAAAGAAGAAUCAAUGGGGGCAGCUAGGUUGAUUCAGUGGAUAAAGAGCCAGGAUUGGAGAUAGGUACUCCUGAGUUUAAAUCUGGCCUCUAGAUACUUCUUGGAUGUAUGGCCCUGGGCAAGUCACUUAGCCCCAAUUGCCUAGCCCCUACUAUUCUUCUGUCUCAGAACCAAGUAUGGAUUCAAAGACAACGGGUUUAAAAAAAAAGGAAGAAGAAACAAUGGAGAGGAGGCACUAACCCUGAUCUUCUAUUUUUUCAGUCAACUAUAACAACUAAUUUUUAUAUGCGCAGCAAUAGAUAAAGAGCUGAUAUUGGUGAUAGGAAGACCAGAGUUCAAAUCCUUCCUCUGACACCUAAUGACUGGCUGACCCUAGGUCAAGUACAUAAGCUUUUAGUACUCUAGUUACCCUUUUAAGACAAUAAGACACUGAAAAGAUAGAAGGGGUUUCCUCAUCUGAGAGUUCCCCAUGCUAAUUAAAUUACUUGUCUACUCCCUGAGCUGUUGUUAUCAUUUUAUAAAUGAGGAAACAGGUUCUACGAAGUUAAAUGACUAUUUUCCUAUUUGAAAACAGAUACCAGGUAGUAUAUAACCUAUCAGUGUGAAAAUAGGAGUGUGUACCUAUAUGAAAUUUUGUAACUCAGACAUUAGUGUCUGAGGCAAGAUUUGAACUCAGUUUUUUCUGAUUCCAAGUCCAGAAUUCCAUAGUAUUACCUAGAUGCCUACUUAAGGUGAAUUUUUAUUCUAUUCUUGAAUUUUUUCUAUUAUUUUAUUGCUUUAUUAUUUUGCUUUCUAUUGUUUAAAAAUGGAUUUAAGUUUCCUACCCCCAACCCUCACAAGAUCAUUCCAACAGUUCAAAGAAUCCUGUUUAAUCUGUUCAGAAUUGGAGAGACCAAUUCAACCUCUUCAUCUGACAAGUUCAAACAAUUUCUUCUAAAAGUCAGAUUUUUCAUUAACAUGUUCAAACAGCUAUAAAGUUAGGGUGUUUUUUUGUUUGUUCGUUCACAAAAAGGAGGCAAGAUAAAGGUAGAUUUAUUACUGUGCUUUUUUUGCACUAAAUCUGUUUAAGAGUGACUUUACCAUUACAAAAGACUAAGAUCAGAAACUCAGUAUCUUUCUUCAUUUUUAUGAGCCACAAAAAAUUCUAGUUCAUAAAUCUCAAACCUUGUUCCUCCCAUGCAGAAAGAAAUUAGUAUCUUCUCUACUGGAGCAAAUUAAACUCUUUUACUCACCCUUUGGGCAGCGUUGGCCUCAGACACUAAGUAGCUCUGGGACACUAAGCAAGUCACUUAACCCUGUUUGCCUCAGUUUCCUUUCUCUAGCAGGGUAGUUAGGUUGCACAACUGAUAGAGUUUGGAAUCCGGAAUCAGAAAGACUGGCGUUCAAAUCUAGCCUUAAACAUUUAUGAACCAUGUGACUUUGGGAUUAACCUUGUAUGCCUGUUCCCUUAUCUGAACAAUGAGUUGGAGAAAGAAAUGGUAAACAACUCUAGUAUCCUUGCCAAGAAAGCCCCAAAUGUGAUCAUGAAAAGUUGGAUACAUCUGAAAUGACUAAAAACUCCCACCCUUUAACAAUGAAAAAAAAGGUCUCCCUUGUUUUGUGUAAUUGAUGUAUUCCCAAGUAACAUAUAGAAAUUGCAUCAGGCCAAAAAUAUACUAGAUGGAUAUUAAAGAAAAUCUUGUGUAAGAUGAAAAAUUCUUCUUUAGAGUGACUGUUCAUUCUCUAACUUAUCUUUUUUUUUAUAAGCUCAAGUUUUUGUAUGGAGUUUAAUUCAAAAGAUGUCUAUGUUGUGUUCUAUCACAUAGAACUAGCAAAAGAAAUAUUUUUAAUUAAGAUGUAAAUAUUUGCUUAACUGGUUUUUAAAGACAUUUAAGGUCAACAUCUAUUAGUUAUAUAGAGACAUUUCUUGGUCUCCUUAGUUUGAAAAUAUUUUUACUCUAAAGACAAGUAUAGAAAGCAUAAUCUAUAUUAUUUGUUCUAAAUGAAGCUGAAAUAACCAUUCUUAUGUAGGCUAUGGUUUAAAAGAACUACUGUUAUAUAGUUGAUUUUUGCUGAUUGUUUCUUUUUUUCCUUUUUCUGCUCUUUAAAUUCUGUAUUUUAUGGAAUGACAACUCUCUGAGGGAGAAAUAUUACACAGGGACAUGUAGGUGAUAUAAAAACCCUAAAACAAUAAAAAUUCAUUUUAAAAGUUUCACCAAAUGUGAUUCUGAUGAUGCAGUUUACUUUCUUCAAUAAAUUUUCUAAAACGGA